AUGGACGCCUUCGAUGAACUGCAAACAGCCAGUCUCGAUUCUAUGCAUGAGGUCGAUGGUCGACGUUUUUGGAGUCAACGCUUCUCCCUGGACAGUCGACUUGAUGUAAGUCUCACUUUGCAGUUUGCUGGUUACACUUUUUAUACUAAAUGA